CUUGUUCUAAACGAAUGUCCCGUCAUUCACCGCGGUCAUAGUUUUUACCAACACGCAAUAUACACAGACAUUAACACAUCAUCGAAGUGCGAGAUCUGACGGGAGAGCAGCUACGAUGGCUCCACGUAUGGAUGAUGUCAUGCAACUAUGCUGUAACCUGUCUGAAAAUCAACAGAUAAAAGUAGCAGUGAAGAAUUCUGGGAAAGGAUCAGCAGUGGCAGGAGGGACUGCAUUUUUAGGGGGUCUUCUAGGUGGUCCCCCAGGGAUUGCUGUUGGUGGUGCAGUAGGUGGCCUGUUGGGAUGGUGGAUGACCAGUGGACAGUUCAGACCUCUCCCUCAGAUCAUCAUGGAGCUGCCCCCCCACCAGCAGCAGAGGCUCUAUGCUGAUAUCAUGGCCGUUUUGGGCUCACUGAACUGGACAGACCUGGCACAGCUGACCGCCCUGGUCAUGGGGAAUGGUACUCUCCAGGAGCAGGUCACUGCUGCCCUACUCCGUUAUAUCACAAAGGAACUAAGAGCAGAGGUGAGAUAUGGGGACUGAUCCACACAGACUGAAUAUCUGGAGAAACUCCUUAGAACACACAUUUGUACUCAAAUUCAACUCCAGCUUAUUUCUGGAGACUGAAAGAACCUUUUAUACUGUAGGUUCACGGAAAGAGGCCUUAUGAGGGUUACAUUGAGACUCAUGUCAGACCUGUCAUGUUACCGAAUAUCUGAUCAUGUCCAUUUAAUAUCCUUUGAUAAAGCGCUUAAAUGACAAUUACGCCACUAAUUUUUUUUUUAACUUAAUUUUCAUCAUCUCCAGCACAACACCAGUGUCUACAUAUGUGAAAAUGGCACAUUUCUACGUUUUGUAGAAACAAAUAUGAAGUUAAAAGUUCUACCAAAUGACAUCAUCAAAAGUAAAACAUAUUUAAAAACAGUGAUUUUCAGGCACUAGGAGAUUCACAGUGAUGUGAGGAGCAAGAAAAUACCCUCCCUCUGGCUAGAAACUUGUUGAAAAUCACUGUUUUGAAAACCACUGUUUUAAAAAUCACUGUUUUGAAAACCACUGUUUUGAAAAUCACUGUUUUGAAAACCACUGUUUUGAAAAUCACUGUUUUGAAAACCACUGUUUUGAAAAUCACUGUUUUGAAAAUCACUGUUUUGAAAAUCACUGUUUUGAAAACCACUGUUUUGAAAAUCACUGUUUUGUUUUCUUUUAAUGCUACCAUGUGAUGUUACAGAGAAGCAUUUGUUUAGCACCUUCUUAUCUUUUUAACCACAGAUCAUAGAAAUGCGCUGUUUUAGACACUGUUAUGGUUUUGGAGAUGAUGAAUAUGAGGUGGAAAAGUGGCAGGAUGGCACUUUAAUGUACAAGUUUGUUUUGUUUUAGAUGAGAAAUUGUUAUCUCUGAAUGUUAUCUCUGAAUUAUAUUGUAGUGCGUAAUUUGUUGCCGAUAUUUUGCACUGAAAUGUACACAUUGAAUAUUGUUGGGCAUUUAUAAUUUACAAUAUUUGCAACAAAUGCAAGACGAUGAAAAAAGGACCCUGAUCACUCCUCUUGUAAGUGUGCCUGGCAUCUCAAGUGAUUCAUGCAAUGUGAAUAUUGUAAGAGAUGAGUACUUCUGAGAAACCGGCCUUGAUAUUUCUGGCGCAUAAUGGUGAUAAGUCCCACCUAGUCCUAUAAUUAACUAAUUGGGAAAAUCUUGUAGUGCUCUGUACAAAAGUGUUUAUAUGAAAAUCAUGAGAAAUGAAAUAAAGAAUAAAGGUGACUUGUAUGAUCA